UAGGAGAAAUUAAAAAUGGGGCGAAGGAAGGUAGAAAUAAAGAGAAUCCAAGAGAAAAGUUGUAGGCAAGUUGCUUUUUGUAAACGAAGAAAAGGUUUAUUGAAGAAAGCCAAAGCACUCUCAACUCUGUGUGAUGUUGAUGUUGCUGUUGUUAUCUUCUCCAAUAGUGGCAAGCUCUAUGAAUUCUCCAACACUAACAGUCUGACAGGGAUCCUUCAACGAUAUGAAAGCCAUGUCGAAGCAGAAAAAGAGAUCUCUGCAGAAAUCCAGGUCGCAGAGAACUCUAAAUACUCAAGGUUUAUGACAAUGGGAGAACUGUUACAAACAACAGGAAGGCAACUUGAGGAAGCUAGUGCUGAUGAUCUCACUGUGACUGACCUUUCCCAUUUGGAAAACGAACUUCAAAGUGCUCUAACACAAACCAGAUCUAGAAAGACGCAUUUGACGCUUGAAUCUGUUAAGGGUCUUCAUGAGAAGGAAAAACUGCUGCGAGAGGAAAACAAAGUUCUGGAGGACAAUAUAGCUAGGAUCAAGAAAAACAGGAAAGUGAAUGAGAUUUCUAAGGAUUCCACUGACCUUCCACCACCCCACGUAAUUUGCGUACAACAGAGAGUGACCCUCAAUUUUCUCUAGUGAUUAUCGUUGCAUUUGUGAAAUAGCCUUGCAGAGCCCUGGGUGAUUUACCCGAUAAAGGGUUAUGUGGUUCCUGUAUUCAGUAUCAUGUUGUACAUGAAAUUAAGAAAUAACUAACAAUGUUGUGCAGUUUCAGUAAAAACUAAUUGCUCAUAUGUAUGACCGCGUAAUUAAAAAGGUGAAGAUGAACUGCUGCCCUCCAGUUUGUGUUUUAUGCAUUCAGUGUUUUCGUUGUG